AUGCUAUCUGCACUUAAAAUAAAUGAAAAACAAAAACCAAUGUAUUUAAAUAAAUAUCUUGUGAAAUCCUUGACACUUACAGGUUCAUCAUUAUUAUCAUUGGAUAUUCUUUCAUCAAUUGUUCUUCCUCAACAAAUUCAAUAUCUUGAUGUAUCUGAUAUUCAUCGCUUAUCGCCUAAUGAACUUGAAAAUCUUCUUGCUCAUACAUUUCGUGUUCUUAGUUUAUCAAUGAAAUUCGAUCCAUUAUUUGUUAUACCUUCCCAAAUCCAAUAUCUGUUAUUGAAAGGUCAGGGUUAA